AUGCAAGGAGAAAAUUUGCAUAAGGGAACUUGGCUUCAAGAGGAAGAUGAACAGUUGAUUAGCUUUGUGACUCGUCUUGGGGAACGAAGAUGGGAUUCCCUUGCCAAAGUAGCUGGGCUUAGGAGAAGUGGUAAAAGCUGUAGGUUACGGUGGUUGAACUAUCUUCGUCCAAAUCUUAAGCAUGGCCCUUUUAGUGUUGAAGAAGAGAGACUGAUUGUUCAGCUUCAACUGCAAUGGGGUAACAAGUGGUCCAAGAUUGCGCGUAGGCUUCCAGGAAGAACGGAUAAUGAAAUCAAGAAUUAUUGGAGAACUCGUUUACGAAAAAAAGUAGAAGUUAAACAAGAAGGUGAAUUGUGUGAGUUCGUGUAUAAAGUAGAAAAUGCAGCUCAGCAAUCCAACAAGAAAAGCAUUGAUGUGGUUUGCAAGAGUGGGAAAGAGACUAAGGAAAGCUCUAUAGAUAGUUCUUCACCUUUAACAGAUUGGGGAAUGAGAAAUUCACCUUAUCAUGAAAGUAGGAUAUUGGAUUGGAUAGCAGAAUUGCAAAAUGGAUUAGGACAAGAUUGUAAUAGCAACGAAUCAAUGUAUGAAUAUAAUCCCCAUCAACAUUAUGAUAUAUGGGAUUGUUCAGGUUUCCUGUGGGAUUUGUGA